CUUCAGUCGCUACAGGUGGGCGCGAGGGCUUCACUGACUGUCGCGCGCGCGCCUCAGGAUGACUCCGUUAGCAUUUUAGCUAAUUUCUUCUCGAAUAAACGCUGUGUUUAAUUUCUCUCUUUUUUUAUAGUUACAAAUACAUUUUUAUUUAUAGUUUUUCAAACUUCCGUCAGCGACGAUGAAGUUUGCUGUCACACAGUGGAAUAUCGGAUAACGCGAGUUUUGUGACUUGUGAUUUUUGUUUUUUUUAUUUUUUUUUUUGAGGGAGAAAAAAAUUUACCUCACAAACACACACGCGUGCACGCGCACCAACACACGCGCGCUGGCAAACUAGCUAGCUAUCUCUGUAGUCAUUAAAACGCGUAAAUUGUUGGAUUUUUUUAAUCGUAUUUUUUUUAAUUCAACAUGUCGUUGUUCGGCAAAAUCUUCCGUCUUCCGACUGACAAGAAGAAAGUGAAGCAGUACGAACAUGUCCAUCGGAACGUGAACCCGGCUGAAGUGUGGGAGAUUGUGGGAGAACUGGGCGAUGGAGCUUUCGGCAAAGUUUAUAAGGCCCGGAACAGAGACACGGGCGUCCUGGCUGCUGCUAAAGUGAUCGAGACGAAGAGCGAAGAAGAGCUGGAGGAUUACAUCGUAGAGAUCGACAUCUUGGCCACGUGCGACCAUCAGUACAUCGUCAAGCUGCUCGACGCUUUCUUCUACGAUCAGAAGCUAUGGAUCAUGAUCGAGUUUUGUCCUGGGGGAGCCGUAGACGCCACCAUGUUGGAGUUGGAUCGCGGUUUGACGGAGAAGCAGAUUCAGGUGAUCUGUAAGCAGAUGCUGGAGGCUCUGGUUUACCUGCACAGUAUGAAAAUCAUCCACAGAGACCUGAAGGCGGGAAACAUCCUGCUCACGCUGGACGGAGACAUCAAACUCGCUGAUUUUGGUGUGUCGGCGAAAAACACCAAAACUCUGCAAAGGAGAGACUCUUUCAUCGGGACUCCGUACUGGAUGGCUCCCGAGGUCGUGAUGUGCGAGACCACGAAGGACGCUCCGUACGAUUACAAAGCGGAUAUCUGGUCUUUGGGAAUAACGCUGAUCGAGCUGGCUCAGAUCGAACCUCCGCACCACGAACUCAACCCCAUGAGAGUCCUGCUGAAAAUCGCCAAGUCCGAACCUCCCACACUGGACCAGCCGUCCAAAUGGUCGACCAACUUUAAGGAUUUCCUGAAAAGAGCGCUGGAUAAGAAUCCCGAGUCGCGCCCGUCCGCCUCUCAGCUCCUCGAGCACCCCUUCAUGAGCUCGGUGAAGACGAAUCGUCCUCUGUUGGAGCUGGUGGCUGAAGCCAAAGCUGAAGUGAUUGAGGAGAUGGAAGAGGACAGCAACGAGGAAGCAGAUGAGGACGAGAAUCACGACAUCACGGCUCCUCCGGGGAAAGAUCCCUCAGAAACGAGUCAGACUAGUUUAGAAGGCGACCAAACGCCUCUGCCGGAGAGUCCCAUCGACUCCGAGUCGCUGAAACUGGAGAAAAAGCUGUCCGACGAGGACCGGGACAAACCCUCCAGCUCGGAUUCUGGGAUCGAGGACGGAAAAAGCACGCCGACGUCGGAGGAAGAAGGAAAAGGGGCGGAGUCUCUGGAAUACGAGUGCGAGCCGCCGCCGUCGCCGCUCCCCGUCAUCAAAACUGCAGAGCCGGAAGAGCACGAGGAGCAAGAGAGCAGAGCCGAGGACGAGAGCGAAACACCGAGUGUCCCUCUGGCAGUGCGGCGCGGAAGCGCGUUUGAAAAGCGUGAACAGGAAGAAGACGUUCUGCCUCACGCUAAAAUGAACAAGCGGUGCUCGGACUCAGGGAGUCAGGCGUCGGAGAGCCUCAACAUCAGCCUGAGCUCCGCGGGGAAUAGAGACUGUGAGUCCGGCAGUGCUCGGGACUCUCGGUUAUUCAGACGAACUCUGAAGCGCACUCGUAGGUUUUUGGUGGACGGGGUGGAGGUGAGCGUCACCACAUCUAAGAUCAUCGGAGAAGAUGAGAAGAAGGACGAGGAGAUGAGAUUCCUCAGGCGACAGGAGCUGAGAGAGCUGCGACUGAUCCAGAAGGAGGAACAUCGCGCUCUGUCUGCUCUCAACGCCAAACUGGAGACUCAGAGAGAGCUCAUGCAGAGACGCUUCGACCAGGAGAUGAACGCGAAGAAGAAGUACUACGACACGGAGCUGGAGAACUUGGAGAAGCAGCAGAAGCAGCUGAUAGAGAAGAUGGAGCUGGAACACGGCGUACGUCUGCGCGAGGAGACGAGACGAAUCCGGCUGGAGCAGGAGCGAGACCUGCACCGAUUCCAGGACAAGAUGAAACAGCGCAAGAAGGAGGUGAAACAUGAAGUGGAGAAGAUGCCGAGGAAGAUGAGGAAGGAGAGUUUAAAGAUCCGCAUGAACGAAUUCCAGCUGACAAAAGCCUCUGAGGAGGAACAGUUCAGAGCAGAUCAGAAUAAUUAUCUGGACUCGACUUUGAAAAGCAUCAUCAUUCAGAACAAGAUGGAGAUCGCAGACGCCGAGCGCAAAUGUCUCGAAAAGAAGCAGCAGCUGAUCAGAGAUAAGGAAGGAGCGAUCUGGGAGCUGGAGGAGAAAAACCUGCAUGAGAGAUGGCAGCUCCUCAAACAGCAGCUGAAGGAACAGUACUUCCUGCAGAGACACCAACUGCUGAAGAAACACGAGAAGGAACAAGAGCAUAUGAACUGUUAUAACCUGCGUAUGAUCGAGCUGCUUAAAGUGCGGCAGCAGCAGGAGAGGAACAGGCUGCCCAAGAUCCAGCGCAGUGAAGGAAAAACUCGCAUGGCCAUGUUUAAGAAGAGUCUGCGCAUUAAUUCCUCAGGCAGCGCCUCAGAAGAUCGCGAGAGGGUCAAACAGUUUGCCAGGCAGGAGGAGAAGAGGCAGAAGGCAGAGCGGCUGCACCAGCAACAAAAACACGAAAACCAGAUGAGAGAAAUGAUCGGGCAGUGUGAUGGGAACCUCCGAGAACUCCAACAACUACAGAACGAGAAAUGUCACCUGCUGGUGGAAAACGAGACUCAGAGGCUGAAAUCGCUGGACGAACAUCACAACCAGAUGCUGAAGGAUUGGAGAGCGCAGCUGCAGCCUCGCAAGAAGGCUCUGGAGGACGAGCUGAACCAGAGGAAGCGCGAGCAGGAGAAUUUCUUCCGGAUGAGUGAGGACUCGGAGUGUGUGAACCCGAGCUCUCCCACCAGACACACCAAAUUCCUGCCGUACUCCGACUCCUCCACCACUUAGGACUCCGCCCACCGGCUACGCUCAGCCAGUCACGAGCCUUGUGCUCCUCUUUAGCCCCGCCCACUAGUCCAGGUAGAUCAUUUACUCGUACAGGAUUCACACACGCUCGCUUUUUUUUUUUUUUUUUUGCAUGUCGUAUUAUUAUUAUUAUUAUUAUUAUUAUUAUUAAAACCUGAAUUGUUUUAUUUUUUAUUAAAUAAUAUAGAAUAAAAAUUGACGUAUCCCAGAUGGGUCUUAAAACCUAAAAUAAAAUCGGAGAUAUAAAUACUUAUAUAUUUUUAAAAAUCUUAGGUUAUCUUUUUUUUCUGAACGGGUGAAAAAAAUCCUUAAUAAAGCCACUUUAACUGUAUUUUCACACCAAAGCCAGUAAUCAGGCUUUAUUACUGUUAUUACUAUUAUUAUUAUUAUUAUUAUUAUUAUUAAUAUUAACAAUAAUUAUUAUUAUUUCUGGUCAGUGUGAUAUUUUAUUUAUCAGAGUAUCUUCAAACUAUUUCUUGUCUAACAAACAAAUCAUAAAAAUAUUUAGCGUUGCCAAAUAAAAUGUACAGAAAAAAGCUUGAAAGCGUUUUUUUUUCUUUUCUAUUCCCUUUUAAAAAUGAUUCUAUUAUAUAAAAAUAAAAAAGCAAAUAUUAUAUUCUGCUUUCUAACAGUGUCGCCUGUUUGUAUGUCGUAUAAACGUUUAGUUUGUCAGAUGUUUUAGUUUUAAGUGACGGUGAGAGAAAUUGGUACUUUUUUUUUUUUUUUUUUUUGGCGGUUUGUAUUUACUUACUGUUUUUUGUUUUCGGCACCAAAAUGUGUCACAGAUUUACUGUAAAGCGCAACACUGGAUAUAAACAGGAGAAAAAAAAAAGAAAAAUCACCCACACAAUAUUAUUAACACGAGAAAUUAUUAACAAAAUGUAAUAAUAAUAAAUAUUAUUAAAUAUGUGUAAUGUAAUAAAGAGGAUUGUUGCUGUCUGGGGAAAAAACCUUCAAAAAAAAAAAAAGAAAAGAAAAAAAAAAGAAAGAAAAAGUUACUCUCAGUCUGCAUUGAGUUGUAAAAUAUAGUUUACCAAAAAAAAAAUUAAAUAAAUUUAAAUUUACUUUAUUUAAAUGUCACAUUACUAAAAUUACUGGAUUAUUUUUGUGUGCCAGAACAUCACGAUUAUUCUCUAACGUUAUUAAUAACAACAUAAAAUACAUCAACAAUAAAUGGAAAAAAUUCUAAAAGAAAAAAUUUGGAUUGAAAUAAAAAUCAACUUUGAAGGUUUUUAUCCAACAGCAAUCUAAAAAAUGUUUAUUAUUAUCAUUAUUAUUAUUAUUAAUUUGUUUACUCACUCUUUAAGCACUGACACUUACCUUUAAAGUGCAAUAUGUUUUUCCUGACGCAAUAUUUACCAUUUAUUCCUUUAAUUAUUAUUAUUUUUAUUAUUAUUGUUAUUUUUGCGGAGAAAUUCAGGUACAGAUCGGCCUUAAGUUAUCUUUGCGAACCCAAAGGUUAAUUUAAAUCAAUUUAUUUUCUGAACAUCAUCCAUCUGACUGCACUGUUUGUGAUUUGAUCUUAUUAUUAUUCUUCUGUUUUGGGAAU